UUUCGGGGGGACGCCGGGUUUCGGGGGGACCCUAAAUUAGGGGGGGGGGUCGGGGGGAGGGAGGAGGUAGAGGAGGAAGAGGAGAUGAAGGCCGUGGCCACCUCGCCGGGGGGGAGGUUCCUCAAAUUCGACAUCGAGUUGGGGCGCGGGGCCUUCAAGACCGUCUUCAAGGGCUUCGACACCGACACCUGGGUGGAGGUUGCGUGGUGCGAGCUCCAGGACCGUAAGUUGACCAAGGCGGAGCAGCAGCGGUUCAAGGAGGAAGCGGAGAUGUUAAAGGGGUUGCAGCACCCCAAUAUCGUCCGUUUCUACGACUCUUGGGAGUCUACGGUCAAGGGCAAGAAGUGCAUCGUCCUCGUCACCGAACUCAUGACCUCCGGCACCCUCAAGACGUACCUCAAGAGGUUCAAGGUGAUGAAACCCAAGGUUUUACGGAGCUGGUGCCGGCAAAUCUUGAAGGGUCUCCAUUUUCUGCACACCCGUACGCCGCCCAUCAUCCACCGGGACCUCAAGUGCGACAACAUCUUCAUCACCGGCCCAACGGGUUCGGUGAAGAUCGGCGAUUUGGGGUUGGCCACCCUCAUGCGGACGUCCUUCGCCAAGAGCGUCAUCGGUACGCCGGAAUUUAUGGCGCCGGAGAUGUACGAGGAACGUUACGAUGAGUCGGUGGACGUCUACGCCUUCGGGAUGUGCAUGUUGGAGAUGGGAACCUCCGAGUAUCCCUACUCCGAGUGCCAAAACGCCGCCCAGAUUUACCGCAAAGUCACCAGCGGCAUCAAACCGGCCAGUUUUGAGAAGGUGACGGAUCCGGAGGUGAAGGAAAUCAUCGAAGGUUGCAUCCGGCAAAAGAAAUCGGAGAGGCUUUCCAUCCGGGAUCUGCUCAACCACGUCUUCUUCGCCGAGGACACGGGUUUACGGGUGGAGCUGGCGGAGGAAGACGAGGGGGUCGAGUCCUCUUUGGCGCUUCGGCUUUGGGUGGAAGAUCCGAAGAAAUUGAAGGGGAAACACAAGGACAACGAGGCCAUCGAGUUCAGCUUCGACCUGGAGGCCGACGUCCCCGAGGAGGUGGCCUACGAGAUGGUAAAAUCCGGAUUCUUCCACGAGAGCGACUCCAAAGCCGUCGCCAAAUCCAUCCGGGACCGGCUGACGUCGGUGAGGAAGACGCGGAUGAGGAAGAACGCGCCGGGGCGGCUCCUCGCCGAAAACGAGGACCCCGAAGUCGACCAACACGUCCGGCAACGACCCCCCGCCCCCGGGGGGACCCCCCCUUUCCACCCCCCGCCCCGGGACCCCCCCAAAUUCCUCGCCGGCGGUUGCUCCGAAGGGACAUGGGAGAACGGCGCGGGGGCGGAGCCGGCGGCGGGGGCGGAGCCGGCGGGCGUCGACGGGGAGGCGGGGUUUGCGGGGACGCAAGGUCGCGGGGUGGCUGCGGCGGGGGAGGGGCGGACGAAGAUGGCUCCGGGCGGGCCCUGCCCGGGGAUGGCGCCGGAGCCGACUGGGAUGGUCCUGCCACCAACUGGGAUGGCGCCAGUGCCAACUGGGAUGGCCCCGCAGCCAACUGGGAUGGCCCCAGUGCCAACUGGGGCCCCAGUGCCAACUGGGAUGGCACCACAGCCAACUGGGAUGGCCCCAGUGCCAACUGGGAUGGCACCGCAGCCAACUGGGAUGGCCCCGCCACCAACUGGGAUGGCACCACAGCCAACUGGGAUGGCACCGCAGCCAAUUGGGAUGGCACCACAGCCAACUGGGAUGGCGCUGCCACCAACUGGGAUGGCACCACAGCCAACUGGGAUGGCCCCAGUGCCAACUGGGAUGGCACCGCCGCCAACUGGGAUGGCCCCGGUGCCAACUGGGAUGGCGCCGCCACCAACUGGGAUGGCCCCAGUGCCAACUGGGAUGGCUCCACAGCCAACUGGGAUGGCACCACAGCCAACUGGGAUGGCCCCAGUGCCAACUGGGAUGGCCCUACAGCCAACUGGGAUGGCCCCAGUGCCAACUGGGAUGGCACCGCAGCCAACUGGGAUGGCCCCAGUGCCAACUGGGAUGGCGCCGCCACCAACUGAGAUGGCCCCAGUGCCAACUGGGAUGGUCCUGCCACCAACUGGGGAGCCAGAGCCAACUGGGAUGGCACCACAGCCAACUGGGGAGCCACAGCCACCAAGUGGGAUGGCACCACAGACAACUGGGAUGGGACCGCUGGCUCCUGGGAUGCCACCACCCCCAACUGGGAUGGCACCGCAGCCAACUGGAACAUCACCAGCUCCAGGGCUGCCACCGCAGCCACCUCCCAUCAUGAAGCUGCAGCCGGGGCUGCCACCGGCUCCGGGGACGUCACCAACCCCGGGGGUGCCACCAGCACCGCCCCCCACCCACCCAACCUGUCCCCCACCUGACGACCCACCCCCGCACCCCGAUCCCCCCAAAUCCAUCCCCAACCCCCCGGAUCCGGCCGCCUUCCUCCGCGUCCCCGAGGCCGACCCCGCCGGCGCCAAACCCGACCGCGUCCGGCAGCGCCGAAGCUCCUGCCCGCGCCCGGAGAAGGUUCCUCGCUUCCAACUCACCGUCCUCCAGGUCUCCUCCCCUGGGGACAACACGGUGGAGUGUCAACUGGAGACCCACGACAGCAAGAUGGUGACCUUCAAGUUCGACGCCGACGGCGACGCCCCGGAGGACAUCGCCCGCUACAUGGUUGAGGAGAACUUCGUGCUGGAGGGCGAGCGGGAGAGAUUCGCCGAGGAGCUGAAGGCCAUCGUGGCGCGGGCGCGGGGGCUCCUCGGUGGCCCCCCUGCGGACCCCCAGGCGGGACCUCCUGAGCAGGCCGGUGGUGAAGGCGCCCCCCAAUCGUCCCCCAUCGGUCGUUGGAGGUUUUGCAUCAACCAAACCAUCAGGAACCGGGAAGGAACCGGACCGGGGCCAGGCGUCGCCGGCGCGCGGGAGCGGGGCGGACCCCGGGGAGCGGAGCUGGGUGUCCCCAAAGCCCAGGAGCUGGACGUCCCCCGAGGAGAGGAGACGGUCGUCACCGGUGCUGGGGAGCGGGAUGGACCCACGGGAGCAGAGGCCCAGCCCACGGGCCCCGCCCUGCCGGGGGCGGGGUCUUUCCCACCGGGGUCCAGCUGCCCCCACCCGAAGACCCCCGUGAGCAGGAAGGUCUGGGGCCGCAGGAUCAAGAGCUGGGCCCGGCGCCUCCAGCAGCCCCCCGCCGCCGCGGGGGGCCCCCCCCGGCCAGGGGAGGCGCAGGAGCUCGGGGACCCCCCCCGGCGGGGCCGCUGCCAGCCGCUAACGAACCCCGAAUCAACCGACCCCCCCGAAAGCGAAGGCGAUUGGGGGGAGCCCAGCUCGGAAAGUGAAAGCGGGGGGGUGGGGGGACCCCCCCGGAGCCCCCCCGGAGCCCCCCCCCGCCCCCCCGGAUCCCCCUCGUCCCCCAUGAGCAGCGACGGGGAGACGGACCCCGAAGAUGAAGAUUUGCGGGCGGAGCUGCGAAGGCUGCGGGAAAAGCAUAUCCAGGAGGUGGUGACGUUACGGGCGCAGCAGGACAAGGAGCUGCGGGAGCUGCACGGGCGCCUCCGCGCCCUAAAAGAAGCUCGGGGGGACCCCCCAAAAUUUGGGGGACCCCCCCCCCGGGGAGUAUGGGGGACCCCCUCAUCACUGCCCCGGGGGAUCCCCCCGACGCCUUCGCGGUGCCAAGGGAAGAGGACGGGGAAGGGGUGCGGCGGCGGCAGGCCCCCCCACCCCCGCAGCCCCCCCAAACCCCCCCCCCAGCCCCCCCAAAAAAGGGGCUCUUCACCGACGACCUGCACCGGCUGGUGGACGAGUGGGUGCAGGACACGGCCCGAGCCCAGGGGACCUCGUCGUGGGUGGCCACCCUCCGCGGCGCCCGGAUGAACCCCCAAAAAUGGGGGGUCCCACCCCCACCCCCCAAAAAAAAACAACCUCCGAGGGGGGGGCUCCCCCCUCCCAUCAGGGGCUGAGUGAGGGGGGCCCCCCCCGGGACCCUAAAAACGCUGCUUUCCCCCCUCAAAUCCCCUUGUUUCACCCCAAAACCCCCCCCCAUUUCGGGUUGUGUCGCCCCCUUUUUGCCCCUCGUAGGGUGAACCCCAAUUUUCAGCCCCAAAAUUGCCUCGUUUCACCCCAAAAAUCCCUCUUUUUGGGGGGUCUGACCCCCCCUCAUAGGGUGAACCCCAAUUUUUGGCCCCCCAAAUCACCUCUUUUCACCCCAAAACCCCUUUGUUUUGUCCUUCUCUGUCAGGUGAACCCCAAUUUUAGGCCCUGAAAUCGCCUUGUUUCACCCCAAAACUGCCUUGUUUUGCCUCCCCGUACGAUAAACCCCAAUUUUCAGCCCCCAAAUCACCUCGUUUCACCCCAAAAUCCCUCAUUUUUGGGGUCUGAGCCCCCCCAUGGGAUGACCUCAAUUUGUGGCCCCCAAAAUCACCCCCUUUCACCCCAAAACCCCCUUGUUUUGUCCUUCUCUGCUGGGCGAACCCCAAUUUUCAGCCCCCAAAUCACCUCAUUUUACCCCAAAAUCCCUUUUUUUUGGGGGGUCCCUCCCCCUUUUUGCCCCUCCCAAUAAAGUCACUGGUCUUUUGGCCCCCAAAUCACCUUUUUUUACCUCAAACCCCCGUUUUUGGGCCUAUUGCCCUUUCUGCCCCUCCCCCCCAAAGUGACCCCACUUUUUGGCCCCCAAACCAACUCAUUUCACCCCAAACCUCCCCUUUUUGCCUCCCUCAUGAGGUCACCCCAAUUUUUGCCCCCAAAAUCAUCACAUUUCACCCCAAACCCCCCUUUUUGGGGCCUAUCGCAUUUUUUUGGCCCCCCUCAUGAGGUGACCCCAACUUUUAGCCCCAAAACGGCCUCAUUUCACCCCAAAACACAUCGGUUGAACCCCACACCCUCUCUCCCCCCCAAUUUACCCCCCAAAUCCCUGUUUUUUCCCCCCAAAACCACCGGGAGCCCCAAAACCACCCCAUUUCACCCCAAACCUCCCCCGCAGGCCUGCGAUUCCCCUUCACGCAACCGUGGCUGGGAGGGAACUGGCCAAACUCGUGUUACUGGUGACCACCACCAUACCAGUGACCCCUCCCCAUACUGGUCGUACUGGUGCGACUGCCCCUCCCCCCCUCCUUCCCCCCCCUCCCCCCCCUCCCCCUCCCCCCCCCCCCCAUUUUUUGGGUCAUCUCUUCCCAUUUUCCACCCAUCUACCUCACCCGUUCACUAGCCAGCGAGGUUUUGGGGUGAAUUCCCGGGUAUUUGGGUUCUGAGGGGAACGCAGGAGUUUAAUUUUUAGGGGGAAAUUGUUAAAAAGGGCGAAAAAACCCCUAAAAUAAAAACGUGGUUGGUGGGCGCCACUCCCAAGAUGGCGGCCGCGCCGCACUUGCCACUCCCAAGAUGGCGGCGCCCAACGCACCGCCUAUGGGGAGGCGUGCGGGCUCCAACCUUCCCAAGAUGGCGUCCGUGCCCUUCUCAAGAUGGCGGCGCGGCGCGGUCAAAAUGGCGCCUCGGCCCCGCCCUCUCCCUCCCCGUUUCCGCGUUUGAAUAAAACUUUAUCGGGCGGCCGGAGCCGGGCAGGAGCCGCGGCGGCGGCGGCGGAACCGGGGCCGGGCCGGGACCGGGCGGCGGUAACCGGGAGGUGGCGGUGGAACGGCCGGGAGAGGCCUCAGGCCUGGCCGCUGGGGCCUGCGGCCUAGUCGGGAGGUGGCGGUGCGGGACGCGUAGGCCUCGCGGGGAGCCCGGGGCCCUGUAGGCCUCGCGGGGGGGAACGACCCGGGCCCUAUAGGCCUUUGGGGGGGGGAAGGACCCUAUAGAGCCGGGGCAGGGGGGAGCUGGGGCCCUAUAGGCCUUUUGAGGGGAGCCCCGGGGCCCUGUAGGCGCUUGGAGGGGGCCCGGGGCCCUACAGGCCCCUUUUUGGGGGGGUUUAGGGCCCUAUAGGCGUUUUAGGGGAUCCCAAGGACUUACAGAGCUGGGAAGACUCUAUAGGUCCUUUUGGGGGUGUCCCAGGGCCCUAUAGGUUCUUUUGGCGGGAGUGCAGGGUCUUACAGAGCUGGGGAGACCCUAUAGGCCGUUUUGGGGGUGUCCCAGGGCCCUAUAGAGCUGGGGAGACCCUAUAGGCCCUUUUGGGGGUGUCCCAGGGCCCUAUAGAGUUUGGGAGACCCUAUAGGCUGUUUUGGGGGUGUCCCAGGGCCCUAUAGAGCUGGGGAGACCCUGUAUGCCCUUUUGGGGGUGUCCCAGGGCCCUAUAGAGCUAGGGAGACCCUAUAGGUCCUUCUGGGGGGAGCCCAGGGCCCUAUAGAUCUGAGAACACCUUAUAGGCCCGUUUGAGGGUGUUCUAGGUCCCUAUAGAUCUGUGGGGGGGAGUUAUUGUGUUCCCUAAGUCCCUAUAGGGGGAAUUGGCUGCCCCCCCUAUAGAGCGGGGAGCAUACAGGGAAGCGUUAAAGGGGGGUGGGUGGCUACAGGAAGGGUUUCCUAUAGGGGGUCCCUAUAGAAAAGCCGUGGGAGGGUGUUUUAUAGGGGAAGGGGGGUGAUAGGGAUCUGUAGGGCAGCAGGGCGGAUGUCCUGGG